CGAGUCAAUUCAUAACAACAACAAUAACAAAAAAAGAAGGCAGAAACAAAAGAGAAGAAAAAGAAGACCCACCAUUCAUUUGGCUAAGGAGUUCAUUCUCCAGCAGAUUGAUGGCGUAAUUUGGUGUUUGUUGAUAGGUCUCUCAAUCACCACUACAAAUCCACCAAACAUAAAGAAAAAAUAUUUCCCACGAAACAAGAUUUGAUUUUGUCCGGGAAACGAAGGCGUAUUUGGAGAUGGGUAGCCGGGGAUCGAAUUUCGGGAACCGGAUGUCGUUCUUGAUGCUUUCCAUGUUCGCUACCAUGGCUUGGUUUUACGUUGCCGGCAGAUUGUGGCAGGAUGCGGAGAGUAGAGUGUAUUUAGUUAAAGAGCUGGAUAAGAGAACUGGCCAGGGAAAGUCUUCAAUUUCUGUAGAUGACACGAUGAAGAUCAUUACUUGCAGGGAAUAUCAGAAGAAAUUAGCUGCUCUUAAUGUGGAUCUGGAAAAAGCUAGGCAGGAAGGUUUUGUGUCUAAGCAUAUCCCAGAAAAUAGUAUAACCACAAAGAAGAAACUUUUGGCGGUUGUAGGGAUAAUUACAAUGUUUGGACGCAAGAACAACAGAGAAGCAAUUCGCAAGGCCUGGAUGCCUACUGGUACUGCUCUCAAGAAACUGGAGGCAGAUAAAGGCAUUGUCAUCCGAUUUGUGAUAGGGAGAAGUGUGAAUCAAGGUGACAGUUCAGACAGGGAGAUCGACAGUGAAAAUAGGGAGGCUAAUGACAUCAUGAUUCUUGAAAAUCAUGUCGAGACACCUGAAGAGCGAGCAAAGAAGACAAAACUGUUCCUGAUUCAUGCUGUAGAGCACUGGGAUUCUGAGUUCUAUGUUAAGAUUAAUGACGAUGUGUACGUUAAUAUUGAUGCUCUUGGAUCUGUGCUUGCAAGUCAUUUGGACAAGGCUCGCGUUUAUAUUGGAUGUAUGAAGUCAGGAGAAGUGUUUUCUCAGCCGAAACAAAAAUGGUAUGAACCUGACUGGUGGAAAUUUGGGGAUGGGAAAUCGUACUUUCGACAUGCUUCAGGUGAAGUGUUUGCUAUAUCACAACCACUAGCUCAGUUUGUUUCAGUUAACAGAUUGGUCCUCCGUACUUAUGCCCACGAUGAUGUCAGCGUCGGAUCAUGGUUUAUUGGGCUUGAUGUGAAACAUGUAGAUGAAGGGAAGUUUUGUUGCUCAUCCUGGGCUUCAGGUUCUCAUUAUUCCUUUCGAACAUCCGUUUGAAAUAAGUUAAUAUAACUUAAUGACUUCAUCAUAUUCCAUUUCUCCAUCCUCUAAGAUAACAUGCUUCCUUUUAGUAUGAUUAUCCUAAUUGGCAUUAUAUAGCAUUCCCAGCACUAGUCAUUUUCAUAAUCUUUAGACAUUGAAAGUUUAUCGCAACGUAGCAUCUAAAUACUAGAGAGCACCAAGACGAUGACCAAAAAAUUUACGAGUUGCUACUCCGAUCCAUAUUUUGUAUGUAAAAGGAAGAGCUAAUGGUUAAUGGUGUGGUUUGCAGGAGCCAUUUGUGCAUCGGCGUGAUUUUGUGUGGUGAGAAUGAUAGUUGAAGACUAGUAGAGGUAGCUUUUGUUGUUCAGAUUCACUUGUUUAAUAGCAAAGCAAUGAUGUUGAGUUUAGAUUUUGUAGAGAUAUACAGAGAUAUACACGUAUUCUUCGACAAGUAUCAACUUUUCCUACCAUUUUUUGGGAAAUAGUCUAAUUUGUAGCGUUGGCAUUCUGCAAAAAUUAGAAUUAUUUGUAAUAUAUAUACAUAACUGGAAAUAUAUAUUAGAAUUAUUUGUAAUAUA